AUGAUAAUUAAUCAGUCCUUUGACAAACAUUCGCAGAUCAUAUUCUACGAGGACCGAAAUUUCCAGGGUCGGCACCAUGAGUGCGUGAGCGACUCUGCUGACCUGCACCCCUACUUCAACCGCUGCAACUCCAUCCGGGUGGAGAGCGGCUGCUUCAUGGUGUAUGAGAGACCCCAAUACCUGGGCCACCAGUACUUCCUCCGCAGGGGGGAGUACUCCGACAACCAGCGCAUGAUUGGCAUCAACGACUGCAUCCGCUCCUGCCGCAUGAUUCCCAUGCACCGUGGCUCCUACAAAAUAAGACUGUAUGAGCGUCCAGACAUGGGCAGCCAAAUGCAGGAGGUGAGCGACGAUUGCCCCAACAUCCAGGACCGCCUGCGUAUGUCUGACAUUAACUCGUGCAAUGUGGUCGACGGCCACUGGCUGAUGUACGACCAGCCCAACUACAGGGGAAGGCCCUACUACGUGAGACCCGGAGAGUACCGCAGAUACAGCGACUGGGGCGGCUCCAGUUCAAGGAUCGGCUCGCUCCGGCGAAUCACCGACUUCAACUAG